AGCUAGCUUCAGAGAGACGCAGACAGCACUAAUCCAGGUGAACCUUUAAACGCUGACUUAAAAACAUGGUAUUUUUUUUAUGAAUGGCGACAUAAAGCCUUUCCAGCGACACCCGGAAGGACGGAGUAAGUGUCGAAAGUCGUGAGGACGCUAACUUAAUUUAGCAGCAAUGAGCGGCAGCCCUGCUUCUGUCCAGAUGGACGAGGUGAGGAGGAGAUCUCAGUCCCUCCUCUCCUUCUCAGGCUCAGCCCAGGAUGUGAAGGCCGAGGUCCAGACCAUGGCCAGCAUCCCUCUGCCUCUGUCGGAGAAGUACGGUCACCUCGGAGCGGAGGCCAUGUUGAGGGAGAACACGGCCGGCCACAACAGACACGAGGUUCUGGAGUCUUUGAGUAGGCUGGUCAAGGCCUUGAGUAUCCUGGAGAAGUACGGCUGUAACCUGACCAGUCCCACCAGGCCCAGAUACUGGAGGAGCGUCAAACACAACAACCCCGUCUUCAGAACGACAGUGGAUGCCAUCAAGGGAGGCCGGAGAGUCCUCUAUCUGUACGGCUACACCAACCAGCAGGUAGACGGCCUCAGCUUCCCCGAUGAAGUCACAGAACCAGACACUGAAAAAGUGGCCGCAGUGACGCUGGAGGUCAUGACCUUACGCACAGAGGUGGACAUGCUCAUCAAGGGCAUCCAUCCUCACAUUGAAUACUUCAAAGAUGUCAUCCCAUUUAUCAUCCAGCAGGAUAAGCUGGUGAGCGACGCUGUGGUUAUCCUGCCUGGAGACAAGCCGCAGGGAGACAAACUCCAGCCUCUGUCUCCUCCACCUAAACCCACUCAGGGCCCCGGAGCACAACCCCUGAAACCAUCGACAGGCUCUCCUGCAGCGAGGGACUGUAAUUUGUGUGGCGGUCCUUCAUCCCUGGUUUGCCCAUCUUGUGACAGUCAACCCUUCUGUGACGCAUGCGAUGACCUCUUUCACCGCCACCCCUCCAGAGCCAAUCACAAGAGAGACAAGAUCCAGAAAGCCAAACAGGAGACCUGCAGCAUCUGUGGGGUUUCCUCUGUGCACGCUCAUUGCUCCACUUGUGUCCAGAGGUUGUGUCUGAACUGUGACAAGCUUUUCCACUCUCACCCGGACCGCAAAGGACACAACAGAACUAUUAUUGCCCCAGCUAAAACAUCCAGUCCUUCUCUGUCACCUUGGGAAUGUGCUCAUUGCACGACAGUGAAUGAGAUGCAAGCCGUCCUCUGCACGACCUGCGAACGGCCUCGACUCGCCACGGCUGCAUCCACUGUUCAAGAAAGCCCGUCACCCAACACAGAGUGGCAGUGUAAGAGCUGUACGGUUGUGAAUCAAGGCAGCAGCAUCCUCUGUGAGGUGUGUGAGCGCCCUCGUCUGGCCACUCGCCCGCCCGUCGCUCCGGUGCUGUCCAGCCCAGGAUCUCUGUCCGACUGCGGAACAAAGUGGAUGUGCCAGUUCUGCACCUACGUAAACAUCAAGCCCACCCUGGUGUGCGAGAUGUGCAACUUGUCAGGUAAAGACUCUGCCGGAGUGUCUCUGCCCCAGUCGCUCCGGCAGACUCCGUCCAGCACUAAAGAUCAACCCCAGCCGGGCGCGAAGCCCCAGCCCAAGCCAAGACUCAACCUGGAUCUGAAAAGGCAGAAGAUGAUGAGGGAAGACGGCCUCAUUCUCAUCCACCAGAUCAGAGAAGCAGAGAAGUGUGGCAUCAGUCCUGAGGAGGUGUACGCAGCCAUCUUGUGCUGCGGCAGAAACACUAAACCCUGUGAUUGGCUGACAUCAGAGCUGCCUCACCUGCUGGAUGAAAUCUGCGCCAUGGCGGCUUCCGUCCAGCUGAACUACAAAGCAGGGGAUUGUGGGAUACAGCCCGCCGUGGAGAGAGACGGCGAGGAGCUGGAGCAGAGCGUGCCUCGUGUCACAGGUGAAGGUGUGAAGCUGUCCAGAGCUGAGGCCAAGCUGGCCUGGUUGGCAGCAGGAGGAGACACUGACAGAGCCGUGAGACAGCUGCUGAAAGACAGACAGGUCAAGAUGAAGGAGCUGCACUCUCUGGGCUUCAGAGACGCGUCUCAGUGCGAGGAGGCUCUGCGGCUGAGUGGCGGGGAGGUGAAGGGGGCUUUGUCUCUGCUGCAGCGCCCUCUCCUGGAGCCCUUCCACCAGCGUAUUUGGACUGAGCAGCUCGAGCCGCAGAUUGAUCCCAAACAUCCGGACAAACAGAGGAUGUGUCGGCGCCUGCUGGCACUCUACGACCUGCCCAGCUGGGGGCGCUGCGAGCUCGUGCUCUCGUUGCUGCAAGAACCGGACGUCAGCUACUCUCUGGAGGACGUAGUGCAAGCUGUGAAAGAGUCGCACGACAAGGAUUUCAUCCGGCGUCUCCUCAACAACGAGUGCCCCUGCUGUCUGUGCAUCUUCCCCCGCAGCAAGAUGCAGUCUCUGACUUCCUGCCAGUGCUCCGUGUGCCACGAGUGCUUCCGGCUGCACUUCACCAUCGCUGUGAGAGACAAACACAUCAGAGACAUGGUGUGCCCCGUGUGCAGCGAGCCGGACAUCAACGACCAGGAACAGCUGGACAGCUACUUUUCCACGCUGGACAUACAGCUGCGGGACUGCCUGGAGAUGGACGUGUACGAGCUGUUUCAUAAAAAACUGACUGAGCACGCUUUGAUGAAAGACCCAAAGUUCCUGUGGUGCUAUCAUUGCACCUCUGGGUUUAUCAAUGAUGGAGACCAGCUGAAGAUCACCUGCCCGUCUUGUCGCAAGAGUUUUUGUGCUCAGUGUAAGAAACCUUGGGAGCCUCAGCACCAGGAUCUGUCCUGUGAGCAGUUUCAGCAGUGGAAGAGAGAGAACGAUCCAGAGUACCAGAGGCAGGGCCUGGCCGGCUACCUGAGAGACAACGGCAUCACCUGUCCUCACUGCAGGUUCCAGUACGCUCUGACGAAAGGCGGCUGCAUACACUUCAGCUGCUCCCAGUGCAGGUACCAGUUCUGCAGCGGCUGCAACAACCCCUACCACAAGACGGCCUGUAAGACGUCCCACUGCAGUUACACCGGUCUACAUGCUCAUCACCCCCGUGACUGUCUCUUCUAUCUCAGAGACUGGGAGCCGCCCAGACUACAGGCCCUGCUGCAGAGGCACGGUGUGGAGUUCAACACGGAUCCUUCAACUGGAACUCAAACUGACGCUUGUUGUGUGAUGGAGCAGAAAGAUGAAGGAGGUCAGCAGACUGAUUCACCGUGUGGCAUCCAGACACAGCCGGGACAAGCUGGACUCUGCGAGAAGCACUACAGGGAGUACCUGGUGAGUCUGAUAAACGCUCACUCUCUGGACCCGGCUCUGCUCUAUGACGCCCAUGAGCUGAACCGGGCUUGCGAGAGGUACCAGGUGGACACUCAGAGAGGAGACAGCGAGGAAGAUAACGCUUACCAUGCUCGACUGCUCAAGAAACUGAUGGAGGUCCCUCUUGGUGAAAAAGUUCCUCGCAACAAAUAAAGGUUCCCCAGCAGAACGUCACCAGCGUCAAGACAUUGUGUUGUAUCUGUUUCUGUAGUUCUCACAGCUGAAGGUUAACCUUUCCUUUCCUUGUUGGUCAUCAUGAAAAACUGAUGAUCUGUUUCAUCUCAGUUUUGCAAAUGUUGGAACUGCGUCUUAACUUCCAGAAACACUGUGAAGGAACUUAUUUGAGAGCUGGAUCUUGUAUGAAUAUGACGGUUCAAUGUUUUAUCUUUUGCACUUAAAAGGAAAAUGUAUGUUGAAAAUGUCUCUCACAACAAUGUAGCAAUACUGCGCAAAAUCAUCAAAGUAGAUGCAGAGAAAUUAAACACAUCACUCGAGGGUAAAAUUGUUAACAUUUUGUCAAAGACUAUUUAGAUUUUCUGCUGUCUGAGUUUGUCUUUGUUGCUUUAUAUAUGAUGGAUAAAUAAAACUCAAUAAAUAAUA